AUGGCGGCGGCUGCAGCAGCAGCGUGCCGGCGAGCCGUGUCCUACACCCUCCUCGGCCCACCAGCGGAGAGCCUCCGCGUCGCGGCGAAGGCGGCCGCGCCCGCGACCGGCGACAAGUUCCUGGACCUCCUCGACGCCAACUACAACAAGGCGCCCAAGCCGCAGCCGGCGAAGACCCGCACGGAGAACGCGUCGCCGACGUUCGUGUCCUCCGGUGACCCCUGCCUCGACUUCUUCUUCCACGUCGUCCCUGGCACCCCGGCGUCGUCCGUCACCUCCCUCCUCGCCAACGCGUGGUCCGCCGAGCCGGUCACCGCGCUCCGCCUCACCUGCAACCUCCGCGGCGUGCGCGGCACCGGCAAGUCCGACCGCGAGGGCUUCUACGCCGCCGCGCUCUGGAUGCACGGCUGCCACCCCGCCACGCUCGCCCUCAACGCGGGCCCCGUCGCGGAGUUCGGCUACCUCAAGGACCUCUCCGAGAUCCUACACCGCAUCAUCCACGGCAGCGUCUCGACGAGGACCCCCGGGAAGAAGGCCCGCCUUGCCGCCCUGGGAGGCUUCGUCAUCCGGGCCCGCGAUGGGAGCCGUCGCUUCGUCCACCACCGCCAGGAACGGCGGAACGCGCCGCGCUGCGCCGAGACGAGGGAGGCGCGCAUCGCCGCCGCCAACGAGAGGAAGCGCGCGGAGGCCGCGGCGAGAGCGGUCAACAGAUACGCCCGUGACCCGAACUACCGGCUCCUGCACGACUGCACGGCGGACCUGUUCGCCAAGCUCCUCGCCGAGGACAUGCAGAAGCUCGCCGACGGCAAGGCCAACGAGCUCUCGCUUGCCGCGAAGUGGUGCCCGUCGUUGGGAAGCUGCUACGACCGCUCGACGCUCAUGUGCGAAGCCAUCGCGCGCCGCCUCUUCCCCAAGGGCUCGGCGCCCGACCUCUCCGAGGACUUGGAAGACGAGUACUACGCCUACCGCGUGCGCGAUCGCCUCCAAAAGGCGGUCGCGCCCCUGCGCCGCGCCCUCGAGGUCCCCGAGAUCUUCGUCUCGGCGAAGGCGUGGGGGGACGUGGUGUACAAGCGCGUGGCCUCCGUGGCCAUGAAGAACUACAAGGACCUCUUCCUCAAGCACGACGCCGAGCGCUUCGGGCUCUACCUCGCCGACGUGAAGUCGGGCAAGGUGAAGAUCGCGGCGGGCGCCCUUCUCCCCCACGAGAUCGUGGAAUCAGUCGGCGACGAGGUCGCCGCGCUGCAGUGGGAGCGCAUGGUCUCCGAUCUUCGGGGACUCGGCAAGCUCAACAACUGCAUCGCCGUGUGCGACGUGUCGGACAGCAUGCAUGGCCAGCCGAUGGACGUGUGCGUCGCGCUCGGCCUCCUCAUCUCCGAGCUCUGCGAAGAGCCGUGGCACCACCGUGUCAUCACCUUCACCGCCCAGCCUCAGAUACAUCGGGUCACUGGCGAUACCCUCUGGGAGAAGACAGACUUCAUCCGUCAAAUGAAGUGGGGCUAUAACACCAACUUCCAGGCAGUGUUCGACAAGCUCCUCAGCGUUGCCGUCGCCGGCAAGCUGCCCCCAGAGCGGAUGGUGAAGAAGGUGUUCGUGUUCAGCGACAUGGAGUUCGACCAGGCGUCCUCGAAUCCGUGGGAGACAGACUACGAGGCGAUCACAAGGAAGUUCACAAAGGCUGGGUACGGCGAGGCGAUCCCGGAUAUAGUGUUCUGGAACCUGCGCGACUCGCGGUCCGUGCCGGUGACCUCGGAGCAGAAGGGGGUGGCCCUGGUGAGCGGCUACUCCAAGAACAUGAUUAAGCUGUUCCUUGAUGGCGAGGAGGUCGUGCCAGACAAGAUCCCGACGCCGAGGGAAGUCAUGGAUAAGGCCAUCUCAUGGCCCGAGUACGAGAAGCUUGCCGUCUUUGAUUGA